ACAUCAUUCUUCCCCAUCCAAACAACACUAUGCGACUCCACCUAGGACUCCACAAUCAUAUUACUGAUAGAAAACAUUCGUGGAGACGCACGGUAUUUCUCCAUUUGCCAACGAAAACCUACUUUUCCUGUUCCAGACAUCUGUCCCGCACGUACCGCCGCGCCCUGCAGCACACCACGCCGGACGUAAUUUGCUUCCUGGGCGAUCUGAUGGACGAGGGCAGCGUGGCCACCGACGUCCAGUACGACGAGUACUUUGCCCGAUUCGCCGACAUUUUCACCCAGCCCACGGCGGACACGUUGAUGAUUUACAUCCCAGGUGACAACGACCUGGGCCGCGAGGGAAUGGAGCCCAUCUCGGCGGAGAACGUGCAACGCUUCCGGCAGUACUUUGCCGAGCAGCCCUCGUGGGAGCUGUUGGGACGGGCCAAAUUCUACAACAUCAACCGGGUCAGCACGACGCUCCCGCCGGCGGACGAUCUCAACUACGAUGCGCAAUCGCGCACGAUCUUCCUGAGCCACAUGAGUCUGCUCAAGUCCGCGGGAGAGUUCUCUGCGCAUGCCGUCGAUGCGUUCCGUCCGGAUGUGAUAUUCUCGGCCAAUGACCACAGCUCGAAGGUGGCCGCAGUUCCCAAGAGCCGGCUUCUGCUGGACGAUGUAAUGCACGCGCCACUGAACGUUGAACGGGACAAGCGGCACGAAGUUUCGGUGUUUGAUUUGGGCAGUUUAAGGCUGCAGCAGCGACUGCUGGAGAUUCUGGUGCCGACCUGUUCGUAUCGAAUGGGUGCCAUGAAGAUCGGUUAUGGAUAUGCGGUGCUCGAUGGUGACACCCUGAAGUACACAGUCCUGUGGACGGCUCAACGUUACUACCAGCUGGCUUCUUACUCGUUGCUGAUCAUCCCACUGAAGCUGCUCUGUGGACAGAUUUGGUGCGCUCUGUUCAAACGGUAUUGGUGCAGCUGCAGACCACGUAACCGGACGCCGUACCUUCCGCUGCACGCAAACUGAGAAUUACUCAGCUGAAAAUCUAAGGAAUUCUCAGACACAGUCAUCUCAUAUUGAGUUAAAACAAA